AUGCGUUUUAGUAUUGCUACUAUUGUGGGCCUUGUCAUUGCCCCUGCGUUAGCUAACUGUCCUUAUGCCAGAGAUGCGGGUACCGAGGUUGACAACAGUGCUAACCAUCAUUCUCACUUGCCUCGCGAUACCAUUCUCAGCAAGUCAACCACAGGUGUCGCAUCUCCUACCCCAUCUGCAGGGGCAGAAAAAAAAGGUCUGCUGUUGAUGAACCGCAUUGCCCCCGGCACCUCAGAACUAUACAUCGCCAACGCGGACGGCACCAACGAGCGUCCUUUAUUGAAAGAUCCUGGUUAUGAAUAUCACGCCGAGUUCUCUCCCGAUGGUGGAUGGAUUAGCUUCACCAGUGAGCGCAACGGUGAUGGAAACUCCGAUAUCUGGCGUGUGCGCCCAGAUGGCUCUGACCUACAACCGAUUGUGACAUCCCCAGCAGCUGAAGACAGUGUUGUAAUCUCGCCCAAUGGCACAUUGGCAGCAUAUGUUUCAACAGCCGACACCUACAUCGCUAACAUUUGGGUAAAGGAUUUGGAGACCGGUGCCGAGUGGAACAUCACCGAUAUCCCGGUUAACCGACCAGAUGAGCACAUGAUGCAUGGUCACUUCCGCCCAGCUUGGUCACCAGAUGGAAAUUGGCUUGCAUUUUCCUCAGAUCGCAAUACAAGAUGGGAUGGUCAUGGAAACCAUACCUUCCUCGGUCUUCACGGCUGGGAGCACACCCAAGAACUCGGGAUUUACAUUAUUCGUCCUGAUGGCUCAGAUCUUCGCCGUGUCGUUCACCGCACUAACCACUGCCUUGGGUCCCCCAAGUGGUCGCCUGAUGGUAAGCGCCUCAUAUUCUACGAGAUGACUCGUAAUGCAACAUGGGAUGCACAUCGACCUGAGACGGUGGCAGCUGCCAAUUCCACAAUUAUUUCUAUUGGGAUCGAUGGUAAAAACCGUCGCACGGAGGUUGGUGGUGCUGGUGUAAAAACCUUUCCUCAAUACGUCACGAAUUCUACUAUUGGGUACCAUCUGAAGGGUGGCGAUAAGGAAGGCUUGUACCUCACAGAUGGUACCUACUAUAAUACCACUAUCCGUUCUCCGUCGUGGUCUCCCGAUGGAAAGUACGUGGUUUACGAGAAGACUGGCUGGUCUAUCCGCCCUCUUUUCAAGGAGCUUUACAGCUGGGACAGCGACUGGGAAUAUCGAUUCACUGAUGUAUUCCCCCAAAUCUCUUCAAAUGACCGCGUGGCGAUGACUAAAAAGCAACUUGGAAACUCUUCCAUUGCCACUUUUGACCUGGAGAAUAGGCAGCUCUCCUUAGUCUACAAACCAAAUGACAGCAGUCUUCUCGAUACUGCGCUGAUUCCAGAAGGCCUGGCCGGGGCUUUCAAUCCCAGCUGGUCCCCAGAUAGUGAAUGGAUCGUCUUCGGAGUUGGCGCCUGGUUCGAAGCGCGUGAUUGGCGGGGAGGCUGGAUUGUACGCUCCACCGCAAAUGGCAGCUACAGCGAGGUCCUCACUUCCAGCAACCUCUUUAUAAAUCAGACCAAGGACCUAAAUACCGGCUUUCCUAGCUUCUCUCAUGAUGGCAGGAAGGUCGUGUACCGCGUCUGGGGUGCCGACACUGCCCAGUACGGUGAGGCGAGGGAUAUUGGUUUACGCAUUAUUGAUAUUGAGACCAGGGAGAUCACUCAGCUUACCAGCAGCUGGGAUAAUCUUCCUUCUUACUCGCCGGACGGGGAAUUGAUAGUCUUUACCCGCAAGAUUUCUGCAACUAACUACGAGGUCUGCACCAUCCGCCCUGACGGCACCGAUCUCCGUAUUCUGACUUCCAGCGGCGCCAACGACGCCCAUGCUGUUUGGCGUCAGGAUGGAAAAAUCAUGUGGUCCUCCGGCAUGUACGGGUUCCAGUAUGAGUGUGCUUUGUACGAUGAGACCUUCCAGCCAUACGGUCAGAUCAUGAUCAUGGACUCGGAUGGAUCCAAUAAGCGUCCUUUGACCAACUCCAUCUGGGAAGAUUCUAUGCCCCUGUUCCUUCCUAACGACUGGUUCUAA